AUGACAAACGAAUUAAAUAAAGAUGAACAAGGCAUUAAAUUAGACGAAGAAACAAUAGACUCCAUUUUUGCAAUUCUUGAUACGUUGAAUUCAAGAAGUCUUUGUCCUAAAUGUACCCGUUCUAUGAAAUUUUUUUGUUAUUGGUGUUAUCAAGUUGUUGGCUGUCAAAGAAGUGAUGUUCCUUACCUUAAAUUACCUAUUAAAAUUGAUGUAAUUAAACAUUCAAAAGAAUUGGAAGGUAAGUCCACAGUAGCACAUGCAAAGAUUAUAGCUCCAGAUGAUGUUUCCAUAUAUUCCAACUUAGAAAUUCCCAAAUAUGAAAAUCCAAACAGAUUAUUAUUACUUUUCCCUGGUCCAGAUUCAAAAACUUUGAAUGAAAUUCCAAAGGAUUCAUUUGAUAAAUUGUUAGUAGUAGAUGGUACAUGGCAACAGGCAACAAGCUUAACAAAAUUUACCGAGGAAUUAAAAAACAUAAGAAAGAUUACCAUAAAACCACAAAAAACCCUUUUUUGGAGAUAUCAAAAUAAGAGCGAGAAUCAUUUAGCUACCAUCGAGGCUUUAUAUUAUUUUUUAAAAGAAUAUUGUGAGGUUUAUGAAUCUAAUAAUUCACCUGAUCAUCGUUAUGAUGGUAGAUAUGAUGAUCUUCUAUGGUAUUAUAAAUAUUUAUAUGAAUUUAUACAAGCUACUUAUAGAAAUGAUAAAAGUAAAAAACCUUAUACUACAAGACAUCGUCAGGGAUAUAUCGAAUACGAUGAAUAA